GCGGAGCUGGGCGCCGGGGGCGCGGGGCGCGGGCGGCUCCGGCUCGGUUCUCCUCCAUUCAUUGGGAUCGCGGUGGGUUCCGCGGCGGCGGCAGGAUGGCUGCUCGGCUGCCUGCGUUCUUGCCCCUGCUCCCGUUGCUGCUGCUGCUGCCGGGCCGGGGGCCACCGGGAGCCCUGGGCAACCGGCACGCCGUGCACUGGAACAGCUCCAACCUGCACCUGCGGCGGGAGGGCUACACGGUGCAGGUGAACGUCAACGACUACCUGGACAUCUACUGCCCACACUACAACGCCUCAGUGCCCGAACACCGGCUGGAGCAGUACGUGCUCUACAUGGUGAACGCGGAGGGCUACCGCACCUGCAACACCAGCCAGGGCUUCAAGCGCUGGGAGUGCAACCGGAGUUUUUAUAUGAUUGUCUUGAAUAAAUAA